AAUUAGAGUUUCCAGCUCGAAUACAUUUUUGAGUAAAACUCAUGCAUCACUGCAACCAAAACGGCAGUUGAUUAUGUCGAGAAGACAUGCAGUGGUCGUUGGGGCUGGUUACAUCGCUGUUGAAAUGGCGGGCAUUUUGAAGUCCCUUGGUGCAGAAGUCAGUUUGGUCAUACGAUACGACAAAAUCCUCCGCAGUUUUGAUCAGAUGCUGAGUGAGAAGGCGACUGAAAGCGUUGAGGAACUUGGGAUUAACCUCAUCAGACACGAUACAGUGGAGAACGUUGAAUGCGAUGGAGCCGAGAAAGUUCUGACCAUCACGACGAAAAACGGAAAGGUGCUCGAAGGGGUGGAUUGCUUACUUUGGGCGAUCGGUCGUGGCCCAGGAACCGAGAAACUUGGUUUGGAACACGUUCCUGGAAUCAAGCUGGGCCCUAAAGGACACAUCAUUGUGAACGACUAUCAGGAGACUGGGGAACCCGGUGUUUGUGCUCUUGGCGACGUUUGUGGCAGAUGGGAACUGACUCCUGUUGCGAUUGCCGCGGGUCGCCAGUUGGCCCAUCGACUUUUCGAUAAUAAGGCGCAGGCGAAGAUUGAUUAUUGUGACAUUCCGUCUGUCGUGUUUUCGCAUCCUCCACUCGGAAGUGUCGGCUUGACGGAAGAGGAAGCUGUGCGAAAGUACGGAGCAGAGAAAGUGAGGAUUUAUUCGGCAUCUUUCACGUCAAUGUAUUACGCCGUGCUUGACCACAAGCCGAAGAAUCAUUUCAAGAUGAUUGUCCUGGGACCGGAGGAAAAGGUGAUCGGAUUGCAUUUGUUUGGAAUCAAUUCGGACGAGAUUUUGCAAGGCUUUGCUGUUGCUGUGAGAGCGGGUCUCACGAAGGCCGAAUUUGACCGAACAGUCGCAAUUCAUCCAACUACUUCAGAAGAAUUGGUUUUGAUGCGAAAUCCCACGCCUCCUACGGUUAAAGUGGACUGAAUGCUGAAAUCAGUUCGGGAAAUUUCAAAGUUUAUGGUACAUUUAUUCUUGGGAUUUUGAUUUUUUGGAACAAAUAUAUUCAGCGAUGAAUGCUCGUGCUUUAGCCGAAAUUAUAGUUCAGUUCUGGAAUUAUUGUUUGGGCCGUGUAGCCUGAUGGAACUUGAAUGUUUUUGUCCCGCACAAUUCGUCCGUGUUGGCAUGAGUUGACUGUGAACGUGAACUGGUAUAUUUUUCAUGGAUGUAAACGUUUCCAGUGUGGGAGAAAUCCCUUGAUUUUUCUCAUUCA